AUGGACACUGAAAGUGGGUUGCUAUCUGACUGUAAGGGAUCUUUAGCUGAUGACCUUUUAAUUUUGUCUUUUAUUAGUGAUAAGAAGAAAUAUAGAUCUCCAUCACAGAAACGUGGUCGAAAAAAGCUUAAAGCUGAUCAAGUAGAAAUUCGAAUAGCAAUCAAGAAAACCAAGAUCAUUGCUUGUUGGGUUCAUCAUCCAAAUACCCCAACCCCUUCUUCUGAUCAGACGUUGGACAUGAAUCGAGCUGAGAAACGAGCUCACAUUCGUGCUGAAUUUAAACAGAAGAUCCGUGAUCGAUUUGGUCUUCCUAGAGAUGCUACAUUCAUCUUUCGAACUGAGCAUGGAAAACAAAAACAUUUAUCACUUACGUUUGGUACUGUAGUCUUAUUGAAUAAAUAUGGAACAAAGCUCCUUGCUGUGGUCCGAUUCAACAAACGUCAAUAUACUGGAAAACGGUUGAACACAGGAAAAUUGAAGUGCGAACUUGUACCUGAAUGUGCAAAACUCUUCGAAAACUUCAACAACUCAAUCAUGACUUUAUAUCAACAUGGAACUGCCCGAUAUCGCUGUGUGACAAAUGGUGCAGCUGAAGCUCUGAAGCACAUGAAAUCUGGUCAGAUGUUUGUGAUGGGGUUUCGUGGUGGAUAUAGGCAGAAAAAAUAUGGUGGUCCUUACGCUCUCAAUCCGACUACUGCACACCUUGUGGCUUGA